GCGUCUUCUGUUUCUGCUCUUGUUUGCUGCAAUCCACAGUCUGCCAAAAUGGCGAUGAAUAUCGACAUGUCGCAAGGUACGCUGCUGCGCCGCCCCGAAGUCGCAUCGGCCGACCCCGCCAAUGCACGCGAGACCGCAGCUGACGAGACCACACAGCCCAGGUGAUGAAGGACGAGUCCGGCCGGCCGUUCAUCAUCGUGCGAGACCAGGGCAGGAAGAAGCGCCAACACGGCAACGAGGCGGUCAAGUCGCACAUUCUGGCCGCCCAGACAGUCGCCAACCUCGUCAAGACCUCUCUCGGCCCCCGAGGACUCGACAAGAUCCUCAUCUCCCCCGAUGGCGACAUCACCGUGACAAACGAUGGCGCCACCAUCCUCUCGCAGAUGGAAAUCUCAAACCACGUCGCCAAGCUGCUUGUUGAGCUCUCCAAGUCGCAGGACGACGAGAUUGGUGACGGCACAACCGGCGUCGUGGUCCUGGCCGGCGCGCUGCUCGGACAGGCCGCAGAUCUGAUUGACAAGGGCAUCCACCCCAUCAGGAUAGCAGACGGCUACGACCAGGCCUGCGAGGCUGCCGUUGCCCGCCUCGACGAGAUCAGCGACGAGAUCCACUUCACCAAGGACAACACCGAGGAGCUGUUCAAGGUUGCCAAGACGAGUCUGGGCUCCAAGAUUGUCUCCAAGGCUCACGACCAAUUCGCCAAAAUUGCCGUCGACGCCGUUCUCUCCGUCGCCGACUUGGAGCGCAAGGAUGUUGACUUUGAGCUGAUCAAGGUCGACGGCAAGGUCGGUGGAUCGCUGGAGGACACACUGCUGGUCAAGGGUGUCAUAAUAGACAAGGACUUCUCGCAUCCUCAGAUGCCCUCCGAGGUCAAGGACGCCAAACUCGCCAUCCUCACAUGUGCCUUCGAGCCCCCGAAGCCCAAGACCAAGCACAAGCUCGACAUCACCUCGGUCGAGGAGUUCAAGAAGCUACAGAGCUACGAGUCCAACAAGUUCACCGAGAUGAUCGACCAGAUUAAGAACACAGGCGCCAACGUUGUCAUCUGCCAGUGGGGUUUCGACGACGAGGCCAACCACCUUCUGCUUACAAACAAGCUACCCGCCGUACGAUGGGUUGGAGGGCCUGAAAUCGAGCUGAUUGCCAUUGCAACCAACGGACGCAUUGUACCACGAUUCGAGGACCUCAGCGCUGAGAAGCUCGGAAAGGCUGGCAUUGUCAGGGAACUCACAUUCGGCACAACAAGAGACAAGAUGCUGGUCAUCGAGGAGUGUGCCAACACCAGGGCCGUCACAGUCUUCGUCCGUGGUUCCAACAAGAUGAUCAUCGACGAGGCCAAGCGAUCGCUGCACGACGCUCUUUGCGUUGUCCGUAACCUGGUGCGCGACAGCCGCAUCGUGUACGGUGGCGGUGCGGCUGAGAUUGCCUGCUCGCUGGCAGUCGAGGACGCAGCCGUCAAGAGCCCUGGUCUCGAGCAAUACGCCAUGCGCGCCUUUGCCGAUGCCCUCGACCAGGUUCCCAUGGCCCUUGCCGAGAACUCUGGUCUUAGCCCCAUCGAAACUCUCGCCAACAUCAAGUCGCGACAGGCCAAGGAGAAGAACACAAGGUUAGGUGUCGACUGCAUGCAGACAGGAAGCAACGGUAAGCACAUCUCCUCGGAAUUGAAUCUAGCCGUACCCUCACCCACCCUCAACACGGUGUUAUCGCGAUUGUUGAACAGCACUUUCCUUUUUCUGCACCGCCGUCGUAAAGAAUAGCCCGAGCAUGUUGGCGACUGCAUGGUGCUGCGGUGCACAUACGCAGUCUGGGAUGACCUCCGCGGGGUGUAGCGCGAGCCCCCACGUCGUGUCAGCAUUUGGACCACAUGAUCCCAAGACGAUACUCUGACGGAGUACACGGCGUGCAGUCAUUUUAUUUGAUUGAAACAUGUGAACAUUGUGCUAACUCGAACGUUACAGACAUGAAGGAGCACUUCGUUAUCGACCCCUUGAUCUCAAAGAGGCAACAACUGUUGCUCGCUACCCAGUU